AUAUAUUCGAUUGCGUCUUACCGUCUUAUUUUUUACCAUGUAGUAGUUACAUGUGAUAUAUAACAUAGUUAUAUAUCUGCUAAAUGUGAGACAUUUAUUAGUCGUAUACGGUUUGUUGGAAGACUUAUUUCAACCUUUCUCAGUAGUCUCGGUGGUCUCGUCGAGACCAUAUCGCUAUAAGAAAAAUGCCGACGUACAAGCUCAUAUACUUCAACAUUACCGGCCUCGGCGAGCCGAUCAGAUAUAUGUUCCAUCAUUGCGGUAUCGAAUUCGAGGAUGUACGAAUUGAAAUAGAGGACUGGCCGAAAAGAAAAGCAGAUAUGCCCAUGGGACAAGUACCGGUUUUGGAAAUCGACGGAAGGAAGUAUCAUCAGUCCAGAGCUAUCUCUCGUUAUCUUGCUAAACAUUACAAUCUUUAUGGCGCGGAUGGAAUUGAAGCCAUGGAGAUCGAUACUGCGGUUGAUUCUAUCGACGACUUAAGACACGCAAUUGCUGCUUUCUAUUGGGAACAAGACCCCGUCCUCAAAGAGAAAUUUAAGAAAAUCGCCUUUGAAAAACUGCCAUUCUAUCUCGACAAAUUCGAGGAGCAAGUUAAGAAGAAUAGCGGCCACUUCGUUCGUGGCAAGUUGUCAUGGGCAGAUUUCGUAUUUGCUGCGUACAGUGGAUACCUGAGCACGAUCUUGGUACAGGAUACAAACAAGGAUCAUCCGGAAUUGAAGAAACUGGUGGCCAAAGUAAACGGCCUUCCCAACAUUAAGGCUUACCUCGAGAGGCGUCCCAAAACAAUAGCGUAAAUCAAACCGAUUUGUAAUUUUAAUUUUGAGUAUGUUAUUUCGCUAUUUGUAUGGUAUUUUACGAACUUGCAAGGUAACAAGUCAAUCAAUAUUGCUACAUGAUAUAUAUUAAGGACGCUGAAUAUUAAAUAAAAGUGCUUCGUUUUAUUUUCGAUC